CUUUAUAAUGAACCGUUUGGCUACUAAGACUCUCCAAACCUCGAGCCGCUUUGGUGUUCGUUCCUCAGGCGUUCUUAACCGUCUUUACUCCACCCACAAGGAGAUUAAGUUUGGUGUUGACGGACGCGCUUCCCUCCUUCGUGGUGUUGACAUCCUUGCCAAGUCAGUUGCUGUCACCCUUGGUCCUAAGGGUCGCAACGUCUUGAUUGAGCAGCCCUACGGCUCCCCAAAGAUCACCAAGGAUGGUGUUACUGUUGCCAAGUCUAUCGUCUUAGAAGACAAGUUCGAGAACUUGGGUGCCAAGCUCGUCCAGGACGUUGCUAACAAGACCAACGAGGCUGCUGGUGAUGGUACCACUACUGCCACUGUUCUUGCUCGCGCAAUCUUUACUGAGGGUGUUAAGAAUGUAGCUGCAGGCUGCAACCCCCUUGACCUCCGUCGUGGUGCCCAGCUUGCUGUUGAGGCCGUUGUUGAUUUCUUGAAGACUAACAGCAGAGUCAUCACCACCUCGGCCGAGAUCUCUCAGGUUGCCACUAUCUCUGCCAAUGGUGACAAGCAUGUUGGCGGUAUGAUCGCUCAAGCUAUGGAGCGUGUUGGUAAGGAAGGUGUCAUCACUGUAAAGGCCGGAAAGACCCUUGAGGAUGAGCUUGAUGUUACUGAGGGCAUGCGUUUCGAUCGCGGUUAUAUUUCUCCCUACUUUAUCACCGACACCAAGACUCAGAAGGUUGAAUUCGAGAAGCCUUUGAUCUUGUUGUCUGAGAAAAAGAUUUCCAUGCUCCACGAUAUUCUCCCUGCCCUCGAGGCCUCUGCCACUCAACGUCGUCCUUUGCUGAUUAUUGCCGAAGAUCUUGAUGGCGAGGCUCUUGCCGCCUGUAUCCUCAACAAGCUUCGUGGCCAGAUCCAAGUUGCUGCUGUCAAGGCUCCUGGCUUCGGUGACAACCGCAAGUCUAUCUUGGGCGAUAUUGGAAUCCUUACUCACAGCACUGUAUUCUCUGAUGAGCUCGAUGUCAAGCUCGAGAAGGCUACUCCCGAUCUCUUCGGUACUACUGGUUCUGUCACUAUUACUAAGGAGGACACCAUUAUCCUCAACGGUGCUGGUUCUAAGGAUAUGAUCAACCACCGCUGCGAGCAGAUCCGUGGCGCCAUUGCUGACGCCUCUACCUCUGAGUAUGAGAAAGAGAAGCUCCAGGAGCGUCUUGCCAAGCUCUCUGGCGGUGUUGCUGUCAUUAAGGUCGGUGGCUCUUCUGAAGUUGAGGUCGGCGAGAAGAAGGACAGAUUUGAUGAUGCUUUGUGCGCCACUCGUGCUGCUGUUGAGGAAGGUAUUGUUCCCGGUGGUGGUGUUGCUUUGUUGAAGGCUACCAAAUCCCUUGAUUCACUCAAGGCUGCCAACUUUGAUCAGCAGUUGGGUAUCAACAUUAUUCGUCAGGCUAUUCAGCGUCCUUGUCGUACUAUCGUUGAUAAUGCUGGAGGUGAAGGAUCUGUUGUUGCUGGAAAGCUUUUGGAGGACCACCCUGAAAAUGUCAACUGGGGUUAUGAUGCCUCUUGCAACGAGUAUGUUGAUAUGAUUGAACGUGGUGUUGUUGACCCCACAAAGGUUGUCCGCACUGCUCUCAUUGAUGCUUCUGGUGUCGCUUCGCUCUUGACUACCACUGAGUGUAUGAUCGUCGAUGCCCCCGAAAAGGAUAAGCCUGCAGGUGGUAUGCCCGGUAUGGGUGGUAUGGGCGGUAUGGGCGGUAUGGGUGGCAUGAUGUAAAUAUCCAACAAAAAAGUAGAUGUCCUUUUCAAUUAUUUCUUUCUUUCUUUGACUUCCUUCCAAAAUAAAAGUGUUUUUCCUACCGACU